AUGUUUACGCAUUCCGCCGGGGCUCACGCUGCCGGUCAUUCGCUGACGACCAAACUCCGAGCAAUCGCUGCAUCUGGUCUCGACGCCGUCGAGAUAUUCCAAGACGAUUUGGACGCCUUUGCAAAGUCGCCCGAAUUCCAAAUCUGCAACACCAGAGACGCGCUCACACCGCCAGACAGUCCUACCUCGAGACGCGCGAGCGAUUCUAGCUCGCAAACCUCCUCAUCUGCUCCCUUGACAAAAGCCGGUCUCAGAGGUGAGGCCAAGGGCCAAUCGUCCACGUCCGAAAUGGCCAUCUUCAACGCUCACGGACCAUGCACGCCCGCCGAGCUCGCACAAGAGGUGGCAGCUGCAGCAUACAUCGGUGAUCUUUGCGCCUCUCUCGGAUUGCAAGUCCUCAAUUUGCAGCCAUUGCGCGACGUCGAGGGCUGGUCAUCUGCCGAAGAUCAAGCUGCCGCAGAUGCCAGAGUACGAAGCCGUUUCCCGAUCAUGCGCGCUCUCGGUACGGAUCUCUUGCUUUGCUGCUCCAACAACCAACCGUCACCUCGCACGACUGGAGAUGCGCAUCGCAUCGCGCAAGACCUCGCACGAAUGGCCGAUGAAGCCAAGACUUUUAGCGAGACGAUCGGCCAGGAUAGCAGACCGUUGAGAAUAGCUUACGAAGGCUUGAGCUGGGGCGCUCACCACGAUACGUGGCAAGGCGCGUGGCAGUGUGUCGAGCUGGCAAACAGAGACAACGUCGGCCUUGUCCUGGACAGCUUCAACACUCUGGGUCGAGAGUUUGCCGAUCCCUGCUGUGCCGAUGGCGUGUCUGCUCAUCCAACGUGGCGCGAAUCUUUGGCGCGCAUUCCUACCGUACCGGCAGAAAAAAUCUUCCUGGUCCAGAUCGGUGACGCUCGUCGUGUGCCAGCACCUCUGGAACCCUCGCCCAAUGCCAAAGAGCCUCGUCCCAGCCGCAUGAUCUGGAGUCGAUCGCAUCGACUGUUUCCAGGAGAGAUCGCCAAGGGUGCUUUCUUGCCGACGAUCGAGUUUAUGCACGCAGUGGUCGUACAAGCAGGCUACCGAGGACCGUGGAGCGUCGAGGUGUUCAACGAUAGCUUGAGCGACGAGGCUUCCAACGUACCAUCCCACCAUGCCAAUCGAGCCAAGGUCGGACUCGAAUGGCUUUUCGCGCAGGUCCUCGCCACCUGUACCCAAGCUUGA